ACUCUCGCUUACACGCUUUCUCAAUCACUCGCUCUCUCUCGUUCUGUUGAUCUGAGCACUUCCUUUGGUAGCGGAGGAGAGCAGAGCAGCGUGUGAGCGUGUGACUUAAGUGUGUGUGUGUGUGUGUCCAGUGCAGGGAUAGCAGUGGAGAGGGAGAGAGAGAUAGAGAGAGACAGAAUAGCAGCAGAGUGAGAGCCAGCGCUCAGUAACAGGACAGAGAGAGAAGAGAGACGACUCGGAGUCCACGACUAACUGCGUGUAGGAGAGAAUAAAUGCUGAGCUUGAGAGAGAGGAGCGUUAGACACCAGUGGACAUCAUCUUUCCAGACCAAGGCCUUCUGGGAUUGCUGCUGUCGGCAGAUACAACAAGGUUCACACGAGUAAAGAUCUACAACAGCCUUCUGACUUCACCCUCACUGGCACCACAUCAGUCCCCUCACUGUCAGCUGUCAGCUGUACAUGGAUACCCCCAGCUGGGCAGAAACCAAACCAGGAAGUGGCUUGUGUAAGCAGCACGGAACCAUUGCUCUCUUUGGCAACGUGGUGUACAGCGGCCUGCUCAACGAGCACAUCUGGCAUUUCGGGGUUCCCCUCGUCAACAGACUGGGUAACCAAGAGGGGCCAGCCCCCCCGGAAGCGAUGGCCCAGCCCUACCCCCCAGCCCAGUACCCCCCCCAGAACGGCAUUCCAACGGAGUACGCCCCUCCCCACCCCCACCCGUCAGCAGACUACACGGGUCAGAGCACGGUGGCAGAGCACGCUCUCACGCUGUACACACCCACACAGACACACAGCGAACAGCCCGGCAACGAGAACAACACACCCACCCUCACAGCCACACUAUCGCAGGCAGACGAGGUUGCGCAGACGGAGGUUUCCCAUCAGCUCCACCUGCAGCAGUGUGAUUCGUCAGAGAAGCAGCAGCCCAAACGAUUACAUGUCUCCAACAUCCCUUUCCGCUUCAGAGACCCAGACCUCAGGCAAAUGUUUGGGGUGAGUAGCAGCUAGCUGUGAGAUAUUAGGCUCACCUGAAACCGAGAAAGCAUCACAAACACCUAUCUUCACCCGUACAACACCAAGGUUUCCCAGCACACAGGCCUACUAUAGUAACGCUGUCGGUCUACAUACCAGUCGUGUCCUCAGUGUUCAGAACACACAGACCUUUAUAACAAAACACCAGUGUUGAG